AUGGUAUCAGCAUUGUCUGUGUUUGUGGCUCUCACCAUAAUUUCCAUUAAUCUAAAGAUCUUUCAAGCCACAUCUAAUAUCACUUUGCAUGAGCAAUCCAUUUUUGAUUACCACCAGAAAUGGAUGAUUCAGUUUUCUAAAGUUUACAAAGAUGACUUCGAGAAAGAGAUGAGGGCCAAAGUGUUCAAGAAGAAUUUGAAAUUUAUCGAGAACUUCAAUAAUAUGGGGAAUCAUAACUAUGAACUUGGUGUCAACGAGUUCACCGAUAUGACUAAAGAAGAGUUUCAUGCCACCUACACCGGUCUACAGGGCAUUAACGUAACUUCACUACCCAAAGUGGUUGAUCCAACGUUCUUUUGGCUACCGAGUAGUUAUAACAAAGACUGGAGAGACGAAGGAGCUGUAACGCCUGUCAAAAAACAAGGAAACUGCGAAAGUUGUUGGGCGUUCUCAGCUGUAGCAGCGGUGGAGGGUUUAACAAAAAUUUCUGGAAAAAGACUCGUAUCACUGUCGGAACAACAACUUGUAGAUUGUGUUGGUGGUUGUAAGCCAGGACAUAUGGUAUAUGCUUUCGACUACAUGAUAAAAAAUGGUAUUUCUUCAGAUUCAGAAUACCCUUACAGAGGAGUAGCAGGGCGGUGCCGUUCCAGCGCCAAACCCGCAAUAAAGAUAAAAGGGUAUGAAAGGGUAGCACCCCUCAGCGAGCUUGGAUUGCAAAUAGCUGUAGAUAGACAGCCCGUUUCGGUGACCCUUGAUACGAGUUCGGACAGUUUCAUCCAUUACAAAGGGGGAGUGUUCGAUGCGACGGACUGUGGGAUCGGAGCGGAUCAUGCAGUGGCGCUCGUUGGGUAUGGGACUACGGAUGAGGGUGUAAGGUACUGGUUGGUUAAAAACUCUUGGGGUAAGUAUUGGGGUGAGAAAGGUUACAUGAGGAUCCUUAGAAGUGUGGACUGGCCUGAAGGAAUGUGUGGUGUGACUCGGAAUCCUUUUGUUCCGGCAGUUUGA